GUCAACAAAUAGGAGGUGGCCUGUAGUCAAUAGGGAGUGUGCUUUUUUUAAUUAAAGGAACAGGACAAUUUUAUGCGGUCUCGGGCUGAUUGGAAGAUGUUGUUUUAGAGGCAGACGAGUUAGCAAAACAUGGAACCAAGAACACAGUGUCCCUCGCUCUUUCUGUCAAGUUACGUAAAAGCCAUGCGGAUGCCAACAAUUUAUAGGGACUGAACUGAGAUAGUGAAGCGUAGCAAAAGAUUGCAGAUUAUUUUAUCACCCAAGGGCACAAAUCGUUGAUGGGAUUACUUUGUGACACUUCCUAUACGGUUAAUUCUUCAUUAUAAGAAGGCUGUUCCUGGGAUUAACCGCUGAUCACAUCCUGCUCUCUACUAUUCAAUAGGCUGGGUUUAUUUAUGUAACAACUUCAGAACCCAAUAAUGCACGUGUCGAUUUAAUUGUCAGAUAUCAAUCUGUGUGCACUUUUAUACCAUUUUCAUUUGCACUUGACCUACCAUGGCUUUGUCUUGGAUAACUGGACUUCUAGCAGGCUUGGCAGCUCUGCAUGUUGUACAGAGGCGCUUUUUCCCUUUCUUCUGGGUUGACCUAAGAUUUUUGCUAAAAGUGAUGAGAUAUGGGUUUCAAAUUGAGAUGUACAAGAGAACUGGCAAAGUAACAACUGUCGUGGAUCGCUUUAUGCAACAAGCACAAAGGAUACCUGAUAAAGUAUUUCUGGUGUAUGAGGGUCAGGUCUUUACUUACCGUGAUAUAGACAAAAGGAGCAAUCGGGUAGCUCAACUUUUUAUGAAACAUGGGGGUCUAAAAAAGGGUGACACAGUGGCCAUGCUCAUGAACAAUGAGCCGGACUUCUUGAAUGUGUGGUUCGGUUUAGCUAAGCUUGGCUGCAUGGUUGCAUUUCUUAAUUAUAACAUCAGAUCCAGAUCCCUGCUGCAUUGUUUUCAUAGCUGUGGAGCAAAGCUACUUAUUGCCGGAGCAGAUAUGCUUGACACACUUAAGGAGAUCCUUCCCAAUCUGCAAGAAGAUAAUGUUAGUGUUUGGAUAAUGGCAAAAGAAUCACCGUUGCAAGGUGUUAACACCAUCAUAGACAAACUGAAAUCAGUAUCUGAUGAGCCAGUACCGCAGCAUUUAUGCUUCGUCAGCACUAUAAAGGCUGCAACUCUGUACAUUUUCACUUCAGGAACCACAGGUCUUCCAAAAGCAGCUGUUAUAAGCCAACUCCAGGCACUAAAAGGGGCUGCUGGAAUAUGGGCUUUUGGUGGAAAACCAGAUGAUAUUGUGUACGUCACGCUACCUCUCUAUCAUAGCGCUGCCUCCAUUAUUGGAAUAGGAGGAUGUAUCUAUUUGGGUGCAACCUGUGUCUUAAGGAAGAAAUUUUCAGCAAGCCAGUUUUGGAUUGACUGUAGAAAACAUAAUGUCACAGUUGUUCAAUACAUUGGAGAAUUGUGCCGUUAUUUGUGUAACCAGCCAAAGAGAGAAGGAGAAAAAGAUCAUAAGGUUCGCAUGGCUGUUGGAAAUGGGGUCCGUAGUGAUGUAUGGAAAGAGUUUAUUGCACGUUUUGGUGACAUAAAGAUGUGUGAGCUGUAUGGUGCUACUGAAGGUAACAUUUGCUUCAUGAAUCAUACAGGGAAAAUUGGAUCCGUUGGGCGCAGUAAUUUCAUUUACAAGCUUAUCUUCCCAUUUGAAUUGAUAAAGUAUGACUUUGAGAAAGAUGAACCUAUUAGAAAUGCACAAGGUUGGUGUGAAAGUGUUAAAAAAGGUGAAACAGGUCUCCUGAUAUCACAAGUGAAUUCUUUAAAUCCAUUUUUUGGUUAUGCUGGGAACAAAAGCCACACUAAAAAGAAGUUGUUAUGUGAAGUGUUCAAAAAAGGAGACGUUUAUUUCAAUACCGGGGAUUUAAUGGUACAAGACCAUGAUAAUUUUCUUUACUUUCGUGACCGGAUUGGUGAUACUUUCAGAUGGAAAGGAGAAAAUGUUGCUACCACUGAAGUUUCUGAUACCAUUGGGAUGCUGGAUUUCAUACAAGAAGCAAAUGUGUAUGGGGUUUCUAUUCAAGGUCAUGAAGGAAAAGUGGGAAUGGCAUCUAUUAUUCUGAAACCCAAUCAACAAUUACAUUUAAAGAGCAUUUAUGAACAAGUUGUGACUUAUCUACCUGCCUAUGCUUCUCCUCGUUUUCUGAGACUACAGGAAAACAUGGAGGUUACUGGAACAUUCAAACAACAGAAAUUCCGUCUGGUGGAACAAGGCUUUAAUCCAUCAACAAUAACAGAUCCACUUUAUUUCUUAGAUGAUUCUAAAAAAGAAUAUGUUCCGAUGACCAAAGAAAUUUACAACACAAUAAUAUCUGGACAGCUAAAACUCUAACUUUAUUUUUAUGUCCAAAUCUAGAUGAAUUGGGGGUUUUGGCACUGUGAGAGCCCUUUAUGGUCAUGCGUGUAUAAAGUCUGUGAUUUUUAUAACUGCUGUCAAUUCAAUGUUUUACUUCAAUAAAACUAAUAUUAGUAAA